UGCGCCUCGAACCAUCCAACAAAUCUUCCGUCUCCCAUCUUCAACAUCAACACUUGAAGAACUUGCCAAAAUGGCUGGUCCUCAAGAAUACUCCUACGGCAAUCAGCCUCAGCAACAGUACCCUCCUCAGCAACCGUAUCCUAAUCAACAGCAGUAUCCUCCUGAAUACAAUGCGCCGCCUCAAUAUGGGUACUACCCACAGUAUCAAGCUCAACCAGCUCCUUACCGCCGGACUCCGCGCCAGAACUUCGCUGUCGUGACUGCGCGGCAGCUGAAUAUCGCUACUCCUGUUAUCAUUAUUAUCUUGAGUAUCUGGUGGUCUCUUCGAUCGCAGAUCUGUCCGAGCGAUGUCCCCAUCGGUCAUGAAUGUUCGUGGAUGCUCUGGACGGCUUUGCCUGUUGCCAUAGCGUCUUUGCUCUGGGCGGUCGUGAUGAAUAUCUCUGCUCGUCGCGCAAACCACUCCAUGUCUCGCGUCCCGGCAGUUGUCAAUACUAUCGUGCAGCUCAUCCUUGCGCUCGGUGCAACGGCAUGCUUCGCUAUUCUCAUCUAUCACAUGGAGAACUACCCUGUCUGGAAUCGAAGUCUCGAGGGCUCCAUGAUUGCUCUUCUAGUAAUACUAGCAAUUAUUAACUGGGUUUUAUUUGGGUGGUCGGUUUACGAGAUGAUGUUCUAUCGUAAGGAGAGGCAGAGCGCAAACAGCCAUAUACCCAUUUGAGCGGCUAUCAUAUUAUCUCCUAAUUCCUUACCGCUGGAAGUUGCAGUACACAAUUAAUAUUACUUGCUCAUGCAGUUUUGCAUUUUAGUCUGGCUGUGACAAAGCCGACCCUCGCUUACGGUUGUUUCUUCAUGAUCGUGAACGACGCUCUUCACGUCAUAGUAAUUCUGCAGCGCAAGGAACAGCAGUAUAGUCAACAGUUCUAUAGCUUGCGCAAAGUCUUCCUAGUACCUUCUCAGUAUCUACUUUUGUGACAAAAACAUCAAGGUACAAGAUGUGCUAUGGCUGUUGCAGACUCGAUACACCCUUUCCGAUCAUCUUCUGCGCGUCUCAUAAUUAUACACAGAUGCUGCCUCAAAUCGGCACCACAUCUUCCUCAUUACCCUUCUGUAGUAAUACAGCACCUUGUUUGGUCGCG